CCUCAGCCACACCAACCGACACUCCACCGAGAAACGAACACUGAAAAGCCGAACGGAUCAAACCCUCUCAAGCUCCAGGGCCACCAUGUUCCGAUCACUACUCCCAUCACUGCGACCAACGCUCACCGCCACCACCGCUGCUGCUGCGACCCAACCCCAGCACCGCUCCCUCCACUUGUUGGGUACCCACCUUCUCGACCACAAAACCGUCCCAAUCGCCCUCACCUCCUUCUACGGCAUCGGCCACCACACCGCCGCCCAAAUCUGCGCAAAGCUCAUGAUCCACAGAACCUGCAAAGUCCAAGACCUCUCCGAAUACAAAAUCAACGACCUCUCGAAGGUGUUGACGGACAUGACCAUUGAAUCCGAUUUGAUCAGAAAGAUGCAGGCGUCGAUUAUGAGGUUGAGGACGAUUGGGACGUAUAGAGGAAAACGACAUGCGGCUGGGUUGCCUGUUAGGGGUCAGAGGACGAAUAAUAACAUUAAGACCGCGAAGAAGCUCAACAGGGUUGACAGGAGGCGUUAAGCAGAUGAAGUGGGGAAACGGGGUAUGAGAGGUAGCGAAAGUGCGAGCGGGGAGUGCAUUGGGUUAGGAGUGGAGGUUGUUGCUGUUGAGCCUUUUGCUGUUCAAGUCAGGCCUGACUUGAUCAGGACCGCUCAGAAGGAAAACGGAGGAGGUGCUGGCGUGGAGCAUUUGGUGUACGAGUAUCAUUGAAACAGAGCAUUUCACGAAUACUGAAUAUGCAAAUUACCCAUAACUACGUGCGAUCCCUCGUCGAUGACCUGUCCCGAACGUCGUACCGGUAACAUGUCCUGUG